UAUAAAAAUGUAUGAAGCCUUUAAAUAUAAAACAGGCUUCUUCCAGUUCAGUCAUUAAAGCGCAAUUUAACGCUACUUUGGGACAUAGAAAUACUACAGUUUUCAUCGUGUGAGACAAUGAAUAUUGCAGAAUAUAUUGAAAUGGAUGACACAAAACGCAAGAAUUACAUGAUAGUUGGGGCCAUAGACUUUGGAACAACUUUCUCAGGAUACGCUUUUUCUACAAAACAUGAUUUUUUGACAGACCCCAAAAACAUCAGGAACAUUAGCAUAAAACACUGGGUGGAUCCUAUCAGCGCAAUGAUGUAUUACAAGACCUCAACAUGCAUUCUGUUCACCGAAGAAAAAAUAUUCGACAAAUUUGGUUUUGAGGCAGAGGCUAAGUAUUUGGACCUGAUACUUGACAAUGAUCAUGAAAAAUGAUAUUUUUUCAGAAGAUUUAAAAUGUCUCUUUACGCAAUACAGUCAGAAGUCCAAGAAAUGUUAGUUGAAGAUGAAACUGGAAAGACUAUGUCUGCUCGAAAAGUGUUUUCCGAAUCACUCAGAUUUUUAGUGAAUUCACUGUUUGAUGAAGUGAGGAAACAGCAAACCGAUAUUGAAAUGACGGAUAUUAGAUGGGUUGUCACAGUGCCAGCAAUCUGGUCUGACCCCGCAAAGGCAUUCAUGAGGAAAGCUGCAAUAGAGGCUGGAAUAGACUCUGGUAUGUUGACGAUAGCUUUAGAACCUGAAGCGGCAGCUCUAUAUGUUAAACAUCUUCCUGUAGAGAAAAGAAUUUGUGAAAAUGAGAACGAAGACUUCGAGACAUUUGCUCCCGGUUCAAAAUACAUUGUUGUGGAUGUUGGAGGGGGUACAAUUGAUAUAACUGCGCACGAGGUGCUGGAGGACGGUCACGUCAAAGAACUUAUUAAAGCCACUGGAGGGAACUGGGGAGGCACAAAGGUGGACGAAGAAUAUAUGGAUUUUAUCAAACGUCUCAUUGGUGAAGAUACUGCAAAGUAUAUUGAUGAAAACAUACCAAGUGUAUUUUUUGAAGCUUGUAGGGAGUUUGAAAUGGCCAAAAGAACAAUCAAACCCAAUUCCGACGGCAAAUUUAAUGUCAGGAUUCCCUCUCAAAUCGGGGAAACCUACUCAAUAGUAUAUUGCGGUAGAGAGUUGAAAUCAGUAAAAACUGUCUUUACAAAGUAUGAAAAACAUAUGGCCGUUUCAUUUACUGGAGACAAACUGCGACUGAAAUCAAAAGAUGCCAAAGAUUUCUUUGCUGAAUCGAUAACAAAAAUUGCUGAUUAUCUUUCAGAACUUAUUCAGCAAGAUGGUGGAAAUGACAUUACUACUAUUAUUCUUGUUGGUGGCUAUGCAGAGUCUCCGAUGCUUAUUGAGGGAAUUAAAUCCAGGUUUUCUCACAUGCGUGUUAUCAUCCCUACAGAAGCAGCAUGGUCAAUUUUGCUUGGCGCAGUCAUUUUCGGUCACAGUCCCAACCUUAUAAAACAUAGACGAAGCAAGUAUACCUAUGGCAUUGGCGUAAACAAAAAGUUCAAUCCUUCUGAACACGAUGAAAAACAUAAAUAUGAAGAAAAUGGAGAAUUUCGAUGUUGGGGGCUUUUUAGUAAACUAGUAGAGAUCGAUGAAAUUGUAUCUGUCGGUGAAUACAGAAAAAUUGAUAGGCAUUUUCAUAUAAAGAAUUGUAAAGAGGAAGGGAAUUUCAAAUUGUACGCUAGUACAUUGAAAAAUCCAAAAUAUGUUGAUGAGGAAGAAUGUUUCUUCAUCGGGCAUAUUCUGUCGCCUGGUCAUGAGUUUCUUCCCAAGCAUAUCAUUUACAUCGAUGUGUGUUUUGGAGAAACGCAAAUCAUGUUCUUAGCACAGCAACCAAAGAGUGAUAAAUUUUUUCUUUGCUAUCUUGGAGAUUGAUUUAAAAGCCAAAGGCUUAUGCGUAUUUAUGUUACUAACACAAAGGUAACAAUACAUACUUAUGUUAAUCAGAUUGUUGAGUGGAAGACUUCAAGACAAUAAGACAUUUUUUUUCUUGAUAUUAUUUACUCCAUUGUCUAGUGUACUCAUGACUCAUGUGUAGAUAUUUUGUAUCAGUCGUUUGCACAUUAUCUUUCUGAAAAUUAGUCCAAAAAAUAAUCUAGGGCAUAUAUUUUAAGAAUGUCAAUAUUGAUUUUGCUUAUAACAAGGCCACGUUCUUGAUUUCCUCAUAAUUGGAAAGUAAUAGACGAAAGUAUUAAAACCAUUGAUAGAAGUUUUUAUUCUCUUCGAUCAAAUAUUUAUUCUUCCGGUUCUCAACUUUUAUGCAGUUUGUUCAGAAAAAAAAUAUAUGUAGCAUCAAAGCAACACAAAACGCAGGAUUGAGGUAGCACUUUUCAAGUUGUGUAUUGAUCAAACCAUUGAUAAGUGUAAAGUAUGAAAUUCAAUGUACGGGGUAGUGUUGUUCUAGUCGGAUUAUUUAUAUCGUAAACAACGACAGAGGAAAUCCUGGGCGAGAAACAAAAGUAUAACUACAUACCUCUUAACAUAUAUUUGAUAAAAUCAACAUCUGUUCUAAUAUUUUCAACAAAAAACACUUAUCAACUUGAAGAUACUUUUUAUUAUUCUUAUAUUUUACGUAUUUUAAAUCUGUUUUAGUGCUGUUUACAAAUUUACAGAACAUAACACUUACAGUUCUGUCGUCAUCUUUUUGUAAAUCAAUCUAUUUUAUGUAAAAAAAAAAUUGUCUUUUGUAUUUUUAUAUAGAUAAUAAUUUUUUCUACGUAUUAUUUGAAAAUCUGUGAUUUUUCUGUAAGAUUUGUUGUUUUUAAAAUCCAUAUAGGAAUAUAAUAACUAAGCUAUGUUAUGUCACGUUGUUCCUGUUUGAAAAUGCUUCAAGAAAAUUAACAUCAACACUUCUCCUUGUUGGUGAUCUUGUAGGGAAAAUGUUGAAACAAUAUUACAUGUACAUGUUUUUAUUUCCUAUGAUAAGGUACAACGACUGUGAAGUGAUUUAAUAUUUUGUAUAUGUCAUUAACAACUAAGCAUUUGUGUAACAAAAUAGCCCUUGUUACCUAUCAUUAUAUAAUCGAACACUGGUGAUUGGACUUUAUAUUUUACGUAUCCUAUAACUUUGACUAUACUGAUUGGACGUUACAUAUUAUUCUUUGAACUAUUGUGAUUUGACUUUAUCAUUUAAUUUCAGAAUCAGUAUAGAAUGCUUUCGUAAAGUAAAUACCUUUAUUUAAUGUAUAUUCCAUGUUAAUUGAAUCACGAAUAUUAUGUGUCCAUCAAAGACUUUAUUGCUUUAAAGGAAGGUCAGAGAGAGAGCCAAUAGCUACCAUGUUUACAUAUUUAUGGGGUGUAUUGUUUUGAGGUGAUGAUCCUUUAAUGACCGUAAUUAAAUCCUUAAGCUUGCUGGUCAGUAUGUCUCCAAUUUGGACAUAUGUUCUCGAUUAGUACACAAAUAUCCUGAGGGGGUAAAGUUUGAAAUAAACUAAACAAUUACAUACAUCAUUCGGCUAAUCGAAGUCAAUUAGCCCUUUGAUCGGCUCAGGUAAAUGACAGUAAUUGGUCACGAUACAGUGACCCUCCCACUAGUCAAUAUCUGUCGCAACCUUGAUUGACCCUAAGUACACUGAUUAAGGGCGGGUUCUUGACUGACCAGCUUGACGCCAUCUUGGAGCAUCAUAGUAACAAGGUGGUGGCGCCCUCUUAAUGGGCUUUUCAACACCCAGUGAACACUUAUAUUACUUUGAUAGUUGUUUUCCCCAAAUAGUAUGAAACUACCAACUUCUCGGCUGUUAGGUUAAUUCCGACGCUCUUUCGAACUCUCAACAUCUCUCUCUCUGACUUCCCCGAAUUGGGACUGUGUAUUUAGUUUGUUUUUUUCCGAAUAAAACCACUAUACGAUCACUUAAGACUUUUACUUAACGUGUACACUAGUUACGUACUAUAUGCGUGGUAGUGUUAUAUUCGUUAAAAACUAAAUAUUCCACAUACAUGUACGAGGGUCAAUAAAAAAAGAAAA